AUGCGCUCGUUCACUCCGCUCGUGCUCGCCGUCAUUGUCAUCAUCAUCGCCGCAUUCGGCAUCGAAUCGACGAACGCGAUGUCUCGCGUCGAUCGCAGCUCGCACUGGUUCAAACCAAGUCCUGAAGUGCGAUCACCGAAUUCUCAAUUCAGGUCGCGAUUCACCGCCACACGCCUCCUCCCCCGCCGAAUGUACCGAAGUAUGCCGAUGGAGCAACUCGACGCCUACCCAGCGUUGAAUGAUAUCACCAAUAACGAAGAGCCCGUUAUGGAAAUGGACUAG